AUGGGUCUGUCCGAUACUACUACUGGGACUACCGGGACUACUCUUAUAUCAUCAAUGUCGUCGUCCACACCACCACAACCAUCAACAGCCUCAGCACCAGCAUCAUCAACAGCAGUGCCAGCAGCAACAAACGACUGCUGCUCUCCUCCCUCUUCCCGGAAACAGACUGACAGCAGCAGCCCGCCUCGAAAAAGCCCCAGGGCCGAGAUCACGACUGCAACUGCACCAGCAAUGGCGAGCGGGAACGGGUUAUCACUGGAGAAUCUUCCACUUGAAGUAAUCCACCAAAUCUUCUCCCUCCUAACGCCCACCGACCUCGCCUCUCUCCGCCUCACCUCCCACGCCCUCCGCUCCUCCGCAACAUCAAACCCCCACUGGCGCCGCCACUUCACCGACCUCCUCCCCGCGCACGCCGCCCUGCUCGAUGUCGCCGCCAUCCCUCCAAGCGCCUGGUCGUUCGCGCACGCCCCCGACGGCUACUUCCGCGCCUACACGACCCUCGUCCGGACCGCGCGCGAGGACUGGCUGCACAGCGACCAGGACCUCAAGGGCACGCACUGGAUGGUCCUCUUCAAGGCCUUCUUGAAGGAGGGGGGCGCGCGCAGCGACGACCCAAACUUCCACACCCUCAUAGAGAUGCGCGCGGACUGCACAUCGUGCCCGCUGGAGGGGCUGCCGCUGAAUACCUCGAGCUGGUAUGUAGACGGGAGGCCGAGCUUGAGAUUCCCCUGUUACCCACCCAACGUCCCCUCGCGCGACCCCUUCACAUGGUGUAGGAUAAUGCAGCACGUCUCCGUACUCAUGAUCACCGACUCGCCGGACCUCCUCGAGAACCUCCUCCACCUCAACACCACCAUCCUCACCGCCUCGAACCUGCCCGAAGCGCAGCGGGACGCCCGCAUAAAGACGCUGCAGGAGGCCAGCGACGCCGUGCUCGAGAACCGCAAGAAGGGCUUCUUCGACCGGCUCAAGAUGCUGCACCUGCUGCGCAGCGAACGCAACAGCAGCACCAGCGGCGGCGGCUGCAGCAACGCCGAGCUGCCAGAGCCCGACGGCGUGGUCAGUGGUAGCGGAUCGGGAACGGCGGCGGCGGUGGCGGUGGCGGCCAACGAAGAGAAGGGACUGACCGGAGGGCGCUAUGGGACCGAACAGGAAAGCGACUGGAGUCACGAUAAUGGCGACGGGGACGAGGAGGAGUGGAGCGAUGGCGAGGGCGGCGGUGGUGAGUAUAGUUACAUCUUUGGGGAGUGCGUGCUUUUUCAGCAUAUACAGCAGCAGCACGCCCUACAGAACACGACGUUGGCAGCGUCGCCGGCCGAGUCUUCGUCUUCGGGGGAGGCGGCGGCGGAGUCGGGUUUGGAGGCACAAUUUGUCGAAGGAACAAUAGUUAGGGACGAGGAUUCUACGGGGCAAUAA